CCGAAUGAUAUUUGUCGGAUGCAAAUUAAUUCUAUCAGUGUCAAUUUACUCAAAUUUGUGCUGGUUGUAACAUUUUAAUAUUUUUAAUUUUGUUCAGGUUGAAAAUGCGUUUCUUUGUUUUUUUGGUUCUUUUUUCAUGUUACAUCAAGGAAAGAGAUUUUCGUGCUCUAACAUCAAGUUUUCCAAAAACAUUUCGAAUUGGUGCGUUUAAUGUACAAAAGUUGUCAUUCAAGAAGUUUAACGAUGCAUUUGUUGUUGAUAAUUUGUUAAAAAUUCUGUCAAGAUUUGAUAUCAUUUUACUUCAAGAAGUUCAAGAUAAGGACAAAAUCAGCACGAAGCCAUUUGUUGAAAAGCUUGCAAAGUUUUCAAAUAAAUCAUUUAGCUACAUAUUAAGUGAUUAUGCUGGCAGAACAAGUUAUAAAGAAAAUUACCUUUACAUUUAUCGGGAUGAUUUGUUUGAAGUAUCAGAUUACUUUCACUAUGAUGAUGGACCCGAGGAGUCGCAAGAAGAUACAUUUGAAAGGGAACCUUUUAUAGCAUUAUUUAAAUCAAAUUUUACUUUAGUGAAACAGUUUGCAGUUAUUGGCGUUCAUAUCAGACCAGAUGCAGUAGAACAAGAGAUCUCAGAGCUGAUUAAUGUAUACAAAUCAACCAUAAAUAAAUGGAAAGAAACAUCUGUUGUAUUAAUGGGAGAUUUUAAUGCUGGUCCAAAAUACAUUUCAAAAAAAAAACUUGAUCAAACAGAAUUAAGGACUGAUAAGAAAUUCAAUUGGCUACUUCAAAAUGAAGACACUACAGUUUCAAAGAGUCAUGCUACACUUGACAGGAUUAUUAUUACUGGAAAUGCAAUCACUCAGGCUUUAAUUAAAGAUAGUGCUGGAACCUUUAAUUUUGAUGAAGAGUAUAAGCUUACCUUAGAAGAUGCUUUAAAAAUCAGUGAUCAUUAUCCCGUUAAAUUUGAAAUUAGUGGCAAACAGGACUAAGAGAAAUUCUAAGAACAAGUUGGAAUUAUUGGCAAUUAUAAUGUUUGGAAAAGUUGUCGGUUUUGGAGUUUAUAUUUUUAACUUAGAGAGAUUGUCAUACGAUUGUAAUGUUAACUGUUAAAUGCUUAAGUUAAAAUCUUUUAUGUGUGAGAUAUAAAGGGAAGAAAAUUUUGUUUUUAUACUUGUUUUUUUUUUGUUUUUUGUUUUUGCAUAUAUUCACCAAUGGUUUUAUAUUAGUUGCUUGUUUUAUCAAUGUGUAAAGUUUAGCAAACUUAAAGAUAUCUUUUUAUUUCUAUAUACGUAAUAAUUUUUUAUAGAUAUAAUAUAUGGAUUUCUAUUUA